CGUGACGUCAGCACAAACGACGUACCCUAAAACAACUGCACACAACCUUUGGAAAUGCCGAAAUAAACGAAAAACAACAACAGCAACAACAACAACAACAACAACAACAACAACAACACUGAAAUGUGGUCCGCGCGAUAGAUUUGUUACAUGUAGAUCUAGUAUGUAGAUCUACCCCGAGACGGCCCUCAGCCUUUUAAAGCCUGAAAAUGCCGUAAUUUAACCCACCAACGCCGAGUUGCGUGUGGAUGUACACAAGAAAAGGGGAAGUGUCCAGCAGUGUCCAGCUAUGACAUGUAAAGAUUUGGGCAAGUUUUUCCUGGUGGGCACGGCCAUCUCUCUGUUUGGUGUCAUCUUCUUCCUGUCCAGUCUGCCUAGCUCUUCCUGGAGCAUCUUACAGAGGGAGGCAGACGCCGCAAGCAUAGGCCCCUACAG